CAUUUUCAGUAACAAUGUUCUCGAAACGUUUCUUGACGCUUUUUUCGUUAUUGUGGUUGAGUAUCGGUAUUUACGCGGACGAUAACAAUCCCGAUGCAAAACCAAGAAGUGAUUUCAAAAAAUCAUUGUCAAGGGAUUGUUCGUCAAUAUAUUCACCAACAUGUUUGAAGUUAGAUGUGGUGUCUUUGGUUGAUAAGUUAAAUGAACAAGACGAAUAUAGUGUUAUACCUGGUGUUUCAGUGAUAAGGGAAGAACAUAGUGAUCAUAGUACGACAGCAGAUAUGGUAACGGAGCUAGCACGAGAUUUUCCUAACGAUCCCGAUGCUAGGUUGGAUGCUUUUUUGAUGAAAAAAAUUACGUCGUAUCUAAGCAGUCAUUCAUUGCGGUUAAAUUUGUUAAAUAGUGACGCAAUAGAAAGCGCAAGAAAAGGGGGUGGUGGCGAAGGCGGAGGAGGUGGUGGGAAAGGAGGCGGCGGCGGCGGUGGUGGAAUAGGUCUGCUUUUGGCGGCAGGUGCGAUGCUGAAAGGAACUUUCUUUGCACUAGCCCUAGGAGCGAUCGCAGCCAUUGCAGGAAAAGCCUUAAUGACUGGGUUAAUAUCGUUUUUACUUUCUGCCAUUAUUGGUCUCAAAGCUUUAACUCAUGGUCAUAAGUCUACUACGUAUGAAAUAGUAUCUAAGCCCGUUUACAGUCAUUCCAGCUCACAUUCUAUUGGUCACGAGGAAUAUCAUCCUAGUUACGGUCAUUCUUCGUACGGAAGAAGUUUUGAUUUGCCAUUGCCACUGGGUUUGCAGCCAGAAUACAAACCAUCCUAAGUGAUAUCAUUAUUAUUAAAAUUUAAUUUAUAUUUAUUUAUUUCAAUAUUUAUCGAAUGUUUUGUUGAAUAAAAGAUUCAUGUUCUCAUGUGAAUAUUAUAAUCAUAGACAACCUUCUCAUAAUCUGGACCUACAGAAUAUAUAUAAUUCGAAUAAGCACAUUGAGUUGAAAUGAACAUUAAGUAUCUGUUAUUGUAAUAUUUAGCAAGCCUAGGUUAAUAGGUAUAUACAGAUUAGUGACUAUUGAUGUACUGAAGAAAUAGAUAGUAUUUAAUUAAUUUAAUAUCAAUUAAUUAUGUACAAUGAUGAAGAGUUGACAAAAAUACUAUUGUGGAUGACGAUUGCCGGAUACACAAAAAUGAUUGUAACUGAAAUGUAAUACAAAGAGAUUUGACUACAAUUCGUUCGAUAUCAUAGGACGCAACUAACAUUUGAAACUUGAACUGUUCUCAAUAAAAUCUACGAAAAAUAUACGUUUCAAAACUGA